UUGAUUGCGAUCGCAACAGGUGGUCGUAUAGUCCCUCGAUUCUCAGAACUAACUUCAGAGAAAUUAGGCCAUGCAGGAAUCGUAAGAGAGUUAUCAUUUGGUACAACUAAAGAUCGUAUGUUGGUUAUAGAAGAAUGUAAGAAUACCCGUGCUGUAACAAUAUUUAUUCGAGGAGGAAAUAAAAUGGUUAGUACACUAGUGUUUUACACAAGCUUUGACGUCGUCACCGGCGUAUGUAUGCAUCUUCGUUCAUGUCUGUAUAAUAGUAUCAUCCAUGUCUGCAUGACAUCAUCAUCAACAUCUGCUGAUGGUGUUAUCGAUGUCUGCAUGACGUCAUCGUUGAUGUUAUGUGAUGGCAUCGUCGGUGUCUACAUUAUGAAUUACAGCGCUUCUACAGUAUCUAUUUGUUCAGUAAUUAGUAUGAUGCAUUUGAAAUAAACAGUGCUUGGUAAUUGCUUACAUUAUGUUUAGUUUUCAUUUGACUAUAAAUACGCCGUUUUGUGACAUGUUUUAUAAAUUAAAAUACUUUUUGUAUGUACUGUACAGUACUGUAUUAACGUAAUUCCGCAUUUACUCUAGAUAAUCGAAGAAGCGAAGCGUAGUAUCCACGAUGCACUAUGUGUCGUUCGAAAUCUUGUUCGUGAUAAUCGUAUUGUAUAUGGAGGUGGUGCUGUUGAACUAGCCUGUUCUUUGAAAGUGGGUGAACGUGCUGAUAAGGUAAUCAUCGCUAUGAUUCGUAUAGGUACUUUUUACAGUAUAGUCUAUAUGUAUUAGAAAUCUUUAGUUCGCAACCCCUGUUUUUAUGGAAAGUGCCGUCGGCAGACGACUUUCUCGUUAGUCUUAGCAUGCAAUUACAUUAGUUGUUUGUUUGUAGAUCUCUACUCUAGAGCAAUAUGCGAUGAGAUCAUUUGCAGAGGCUCUGGAAGCUAUACCAUUGUCAUUGGCAGAAAAUUCUGGAUAUAAUCCAAUACAAACUGUUGCUGAUAUAAAAUCUCGCCAAGUGGCUGAAAAGAAUCCCCGACUUGGGAUAGAUUGUAUGAACAACGGGUCUAACGGUAAGCAUGAAAAUUCUAAAAUGCAGCUAGUGCGUGUACUAUAUAUCAGGUUGAUAUUUAACUAUUUUAUUAUUAUUAUUUAUUUAACUAUUUUAUCCUGUAACUGACUGCACCGUAAAAUAGAGUAUACGGUACCUGAAGUAUUCAGUAUCCUGCUUGUAUAUAAUCUUUAUUUGCAAUGUAGAAUAUUUUAGAAAUCCGCCAUAUUUAUUACUCGCUGUGCCCUGGCGAGUAUAGGUUUCGGCACGCGUGGUGGAUGUCGGAUGUCAGAUCGUCGUUGAUAGCCACAAAAUAGAAUAUUAAUGAGUUGCCUAAUUUUCCCCCCAAUUAUCCAUAAGGCUUCUGCCAAUUUUACCCAAAUUACCGCAAAUCGCAAGUAAGUUUAGUUCUGAUAAUAAAUAUUAAUGCCCAGCAAAGUGCUUUUAAAAGAGCCAUAAACCAUUAAAUUUAAAAAUUUUAUUAAAGAUUAAGUAACGUUUCGUCUUAACUCAAGACAUCUUCAGACUAUAUUAAAUUACAAGCUGUAAGAGUAAUUAAGCAUAAAGUAAAGCUAUUAUAGCAAUAUUAAAUUACAAGCGAAUACGAGGUACACAAAACGUAAGGAUAAGAAUGGAUAAUGAAGGGAAGUGACGGACAAAAAUGAGAACAACCAAAUUAGACAACACAAACAGACAAAACAUAAAAAAAAAAAUAAAAAAAAAAAAGAGAUCAGAAUACGUGAAGAGGGAUUGAACUGCCUUGAACGUUGAGAGAGAGUUUCAUUUUAGAGAUAAAAAAGCUUUCAUGAAUAAGGAGUUCUUGUUCAUCUGAACAAGAGGAGAGGAUUUCGAAGUCGUCAAUAGAAGCAGCGUGGCCUGUGGAUGUGAGAAAAUGCUGGACUGGGGAGAUAUAAUGCUGGAUCAUAUUACAAAACACAUCAUGCAGUUUUAAUAGCCUUUGUGUUUGGCUUAUUCUUUAAAUGCGCAUAAAAUCCUUCGCAAAUUGAACUGAUAUGAUACCAAUGACCUAUCCAAUAUAACUUGCUGUUUGUGAAUCAAAUUUCUCAAGCAAAAUAAAGAAUAGUAUUUCAAUUAAUGCAUUACAAUAUGCUAUAAAUAAAUAGACUUGUCACUUGUAUAUUAUAACAAUAUUCAUCGCAAAUCUUUUAAAUUAUCCAAAAUGCCCUAUUCUGUCCGUUUUCAUACAUUGUAGCAGUGCACAAUUUCCCUUUGAUUUUAGCACCCAAAUUAUGACCACAAUCUUUGUGAAGCACGUAGCAGAGAAGUCCCAACUUAGUGCCUUCUCGUUGUUGAGUUCUUUCACACUUUCUAACCCAGGUUAUAGUUUGAUUGAUGUGUAUCCAACUCUCUGUCGCUUCUAUGCUAUUCUUGUGGCCAUCCCAGUUAGUUUGUGGACCUGGAACAAAAUUAUGUUGUCUCAUUAUCAGCAUAUGAUAGUAAAAAUUGUAUUAUAGUAUAAUAGUGAAACCAGCACCUAAGUUCCGGAUAAAUAGUCAGUGAUGCUAAAACUUUUUGAUUUUUUUUCAGCAACAAUGUCAGCAUAUGAGCUAGAAUUUUAGGGGCCCAUAGCCAUACCAUUUUCCUUCAACCAAUACUGCCCACAAAAAGUGGAACAAUUUCUCUUCAGACGAAUUUCCAAGGCUUCCACAACACAUUCAACAGACACGUCAAGUUUUUCAGCAUAUUGAGUAAGUUUGUACCUAACCCCUUCCACCCCCAACUGCGAGAGACAGAACAUGUUAGUAAUAUCAAGUUGAAUACCAGCCAUGAUUAUUCCCAACAAUAGGCGAUGAUUCCCACGACGAUCGCCUCGCAUUAAUUGAAGGCGUUAACGGAAGAAAGGCGUCAAAACAAUAA